CUUGCUGUGUGAUUGCAACGACCAUGAAGACAAUAUUCAGAGAGAAAGCAAGAGGGAAAGUUUGGAUGAUCCAGUUGAUCUUAGUCCGAGGUAUUGCCGUGGCAGCUACCAUUUUGCUCCUGACAGAUGGGAGCCAUGCUCAUGUCGAUCGUGUAGAGAUGCUCAGAGAUGAAUUGCCGCCUGUCCAGAGACCAAACGUCAACGGCAGUGAGAUGAUCCGCGACGAGCAGUGGCGCAUGGUCAAGACCAGGGGCAGCCAGUUCGUCAUCGGCGACAAGCCAUUCUACGUGAACGGCUUCAAUGCAUACUGGCUGAUGAUCCUCGCCGUCGACCCGUCGACUAGGGGGAAGGUGACCGAGGUGUUCCAGCAGGUGGCGGCUGUUGGCCUGACAGUGUGCCGCACCUGGAGCUUCAACGACGGUGGCUGGAGAGCGCUUCAGAAGUCGCCUGCUGUGUAUGAAGAGAAUGUAUUCAAGGCGUUGGAUUUCGUAGUAAGCGAGGCAAGGAAGUACAGGAUCAGGUUGAUACUGUCACUGAUCAACAACUGGGACGGCUAUGGCGGCAAGGCGCAGUACGUGAAAUGGGCCAGGGACGCCGGCCUCAACCUCACUUCCGACGAUGACUUCUUCUCCGACGAAACCGUCAAGGGCUACUUCAAGAACCACGUCAAGAACAUGCUAACGAGGGUGAACACGUACACGAACGUGACGUACAAGGACGACCCGACCAUUUUCGCGUGGGAGCUCAUGAAUGAACUGCGCUGCACGUCGGAUCCAACCGGCAACAAGCUGCAGGCGUGGAUCCAAGAAAUGGCUUUCCACGUGAAGUCCAUCGACCCGGAUCACCUGCUGGAGGUCGGGGCCGAGGGCUUCUACGGCCCCUCGUCACCGGCACGGCUUCAGGCCAACCCCAACACCUACGCCGGCCACGUCGGCACCGACUUCAUCCGCAACCACCGCGUCCUGGGCGUCGACUUCGCCUCCGUCCAUAUCUACCCGGACACAUGGAUGUCGGGCGCGGCUGUGGAGGCACAGCUCAAGUUCGUGCAGUCGUGGAUGCAGGCGCACAUCGCCGACGCCGAGGGCGUGCUCAGCAUGCCGGUGGUGUUCACGGAGUUCGGGGUGUCCACCAAGGCCCGGAGCGCCUUCAACGCGACGUGGAGGGACCAGUUCGUCCAAGCGGUGUACGGGGUGCUGCUGGCCUCGAUGCGGCGUGGCGGCGCCGGAGCGGGGGGCCUGCUCUGGCAGGUGUUCCCGGAGGGGACCGACUACAUGGACGACGGCUACGGCGUUGUGCUGCCCAGAGCGAAGGACACCGCGGGGAUCAUAUCGGCGCACUCCAAGAGGCUGCUUAUCUUCAACUCCAGGUGCGCCUGGAGCUGCCGGUGGGGGUGCAAGAAGGAGGAGCAGUCGGAGGAUGGUGAUGACCUGCUGUUGCACGAUGUGCUGUGAACUUACGACAUAUGUUUGGCUAGUUGAACGUCCGCCGACGUGUUAAACUGUUGUCUCGCCUGGCUCAGCUUACGUGCCAAAUGUCCGCCAACUUGUUAAACUGUUGUUUCGACAUGUAGCAUCCCAACUUGAAAAUACAUAGCGUUGACCAGAC